AUGAAACAGAGUGACCGACUCCUACCAGUAGCGAACGUAGCUGGAAUAAUGAAGAAAACCAUCCCAAAGAAAGCCAAAAUAUCCAGGGAUGCAAAGGAGAUGAUGCAGCGUGCAGCAUCUGAGUUUAUUGCAUUUAUUACGUGCAAAGCCCAGGACUUGUGCAAAUUAGAGAAGAGGAAGACUUUGACAGGAGACGACCUUGUACUAGCAGUUGAGCACUUAGGUAUGCCCUUACACGCUGAUGCCGGCAGAAGAGUAUUAUACAGGCUAAGAGAAGGCCAUCAGCAUGACCAAGACAUUUACAUUCAAGACUCUGGCGCAUCCAUUCACUGGAAGCCGUAUCAGCAAGAAUAAAUUUUAUUUCUA